AUGAGUACCACAGGCGGAUCAAAAGUGGAUUGCUAUAGUGAAUCCUCUCAAGUCCCUAUUACGGUCGAAGUUCCUCACUCAAAAAAUGUGGAAUCGUUGACUCUUGGAGACGUUCUUGAUUCUGAACAAUUUUUAUUUGUUGGUGGCGUUCCUUAUGAAGUAAUCCACGAACCAGCUGAUAUAUCAACGGUUGCAUGUGUUUUGAAACCAUUAGCAGACUGUCCGGUCUAUCCAGCCGUAGAUUUUAGACAAGGAUCAAGAAAAGUGAAGCCAAAAAUUCAUUGGUUUAUUUAUAAUCCUCAGUCACGCAAAAUUGAAAAUUCUCCUGGGAAUCAUAAGAAGAAUGGUGUUAAUGAGGAGACGUUGAAGUUGAUUGACGGCCCGUCUCGUAGAUUUUCUGUUUCGAAUUGCGAAUUUCGUUGUACUGGUGACUUCUAUGUGCCAUCGGUUACCGACAUAGGAAAGCAAUUGUUUCUAGUUGCUGAUCUUGGGCCACAGGCUGUUGUUAAGAUAAUAUUAAGUGGUGUCAAAAAGAAAGACCGUCGAACUGUUUUUAGCAUUCGAAUGGUUUCAUACAAUAUUCUUGCGGAUCUAUAUUUGGAUCUUUCCGGUUCACAAGAGGCUUUAUUUUUUCCGUAUUGCCCGAAGGAUUAUCAAACCUAUGAGUACAGAUACCCACUUUUAUUGAAGGAACUGUCAAGUUACGUCAUGGAUCUAUGUUUCUUGCAAGAGGUCGACCAUAGAAUGCAGAUGCGAUACCUCAGUGUUCUUUUUGAAUCAAUUGGUUUAGAAAUGUGUUUCACGAGAAAACAAAAGGAAGUAACUGAGGGUUCUGUAAUUGCUUUCAAUCGUAGGCGAUUUGAGUACGUCUUGAUUAUUUGUUUACUUUUGUCCUCUGAAAGCUAUUGGAUAGCUUCGCUCCUAAAGGAAUGCUAUUGCGAUGAUCUCAACAAAAUCCUUACCACGAGUGUUGCUUCUCUAGAUAUUUUCACCAGUCGGCCAACGACGCUUCAGGUAGUAGUACUACGUGAUCGAAGAUCUAAUGAGAUCAUAAUCUGUGGCAACACACAUCUUCAUCACAAUCCGAAACACGAACAUUUGAAAGUUUUUCAAGCUAUUGUGGCUGUACGUCAACUUCACAGGAUUUGUCAAGAUUUUUCAAAUUCGAGUUCAUCUGAUGAAACUCGGUUGAUUUUCGCUGGAGAUUUCAACAGUACACCGGAUGGUCCGGUCUAUGAGAUUCUUAGCACGGAUAUUUAUCUAUCAUUACAGCUUCUUCCGUCAAGAAAAGGCCUAAAUAACUUGACGGGCACUGGCUGUACCAACCAUACGCGACAUACGAAUGUCUAUGGAGAGGAACGAGGAUUUUCGGGAUGCUUAGAUUACAUAUGGAGUGAUUCGGCGAUAUUGCAUCGUUUAGCACCACGACCGUCUUAUGAAUUAUUGAACAAGUACGGUGCUUUACCGUCACGAAUAGCACCUAGUGACCAUGUUCCACUUAUAUGCGAAGUGAAGUUUUAG